UCAUGUCAUGACAGCCUUGUCGUCACGUCUGAUCUAUGACAUAACGUCGUCGUUUCAAAUGGCACCCUAUAUUGUACACUACCCAUAGGGCUCUGGUCAAAAGUAGUGCAGCACAUGGGGAAUAGGGUGCAAUUUGGGAUACAUACACUGAUAAAGGGCUGAGUUACACACGACUAAAUUACUAUCUACUACGUGUCAAAUCAAAGGUCUUCUUGCAACAUGGGCCUAAUUUUGGUCAAUCUCAACACCACAGAUGUUUACAUUAGUUUGCUAGCCGUAUGGGGCCCGAUUCCCUAUGUAGUGCACUAGUUUUGACCGUCCUGGUCAAAAGUAGUGCACAAGAGUGCCAUUUGGGACAUAUCUCAUGUUAUAUGGACCUUUUGAGGAAUGCGUUUGCAGCUACGGGGAAGACAUUUGUUUGGACCAGGUCCUCGCAGGAGAUGAAGGACUUGAACCAGUAACUGAUGUGGAGUUGAAGCGGCUGAAGGAUGCCUUUAAGAGGACCAGCGGCCUGUCCUUCUACAUGGCCCAACAGUGCUUCUACAGAGAAGUACUGGGAGAUGGGAUCCCUCCGAAGGUUGCAGAGGUGAUCUACAACUCGUUUGGAGGCACUUUUAAAGGACUACACUUCAACAACCUCAUUAUUGGCCUGGUGCUGCUGACCAGAGGACGAGAUGGGGAGAAGGCCAAGUACCUCUUCAGCCUGUUUGCCAGUGAGUCGGGUGGCUAUGCGGCGCGGGACGACAUGGAGGCCGUGCUACGGGCGGUGGACGGGGAAGUCCCGCCCUCUCUCAGGAAGUGCUUCAGCGAGGGGGAGAAAGUCAACUAUGAGCGCUUUAAGAACUGGCUCCUUCAGAACACAGAGGCGUUCACCUUCUCCCGUUGGCUGCUCUCCGGGGGCGUGUGUGUCACCCUUACAGACGACAACGACACGCCCACCUUCUACCAGACUCUGGCCGGAGUUACACACUUAGAAGAGUCUGAUAUCAUUGACUUGGAGAAGCGCUAUUGGCUGCUGAAAGCCCAGUCCAGGACCGGACGCUUUGACCUGGAAACCUUUGUCCCGCUGGUCUCUCCUCCUAUUCACGCUUCGCUAAGUAAAGGUUUGUUUCAUGCGUUUGAUGAGAACCGGGACAACCACAUCGACUUUAAGGAGAUCUCCUGUGGCCUGUCUGCCUGUUGCCGGGGGCCCGUCGCCGAGAGGCAGAAAUUUUGUUUCAAAGUGUUUGAUGUGGACCGAGACGGGGUUCUGUCUCGAGACGAAAUCCAUGAAAUGGUGGUCGCACUCCUGGAGGUGUGGAAAGACAAUCGCACACACACACUCCCUGAACUGCUCACCAACGUGUCGGACAUAGUGGAAGGAAUCCUGAAGAUGCACGACACGACCAAGCUGGGUCACCUGACCCUAGAGGACUACCAAAUCUGGAGUGUGACGAGCGCUCUGGCCAACGAGUUCCUCAACCUGCUGUUCCAGGUGUCCCACAUUGUCCUGGGCCUUCGGCCUGCUACUCCUGAAGAGGAAGGACAAAUCAUCAGGGGGUGGCUGGAGAGAGAGGGCAGACAUGGGCUUCAGCCUGGUGAGAACAGGUUCCUCAUCUCCAGCCAGUGGUGGAAGCUGUGGAAAGACUACGUCAGAUAUGACCACAAGUCCAUCGUGGUGGAUCAGCCCUCUAUCCUCUCCUCUCUGAGGAAUCCUCAGGCUUCUGCCACCGUCGAGCCUGCCCCCCUGAAGCCAGGGGUGGGUGGAAGCCUGGGGGUCCCCAGCCCAGCCAGCCCCUCAGAGGACAGGUCUCCUAAUGCUCUGUCCAGCGCCUCUGAAGCCACAGAGACCCACAACACAGUGGUGACCACCCAGACCGGCCCCUCAGCCACAGAGAUCUGUUUUGCCCGGCAACACAACAACCAGUGUUUCUCCGGGUCCAACGGCCACAUCCCCUCCCUCUCUCAGUCCCAGUCCCAGCUGGCAGCUCAGAGGCCUGGAGCCAUCGACAACCAGCCCCUGGUCAACACAGACCCCAUGAAGGCCCCCUCGUUGACCAUGGAAGGAGGUCGGCUGAAGCAGUCCUUACAGCUGGUGGCGGGCAGGGACUUUGAGACGGUACCAGAGCCUGUGUGGAGGGCGCUGUUCCACUGGUAUGGAGCCAACCUCAGCCUUCCACGACCGGUGAUCCAGCAGACUGAAACAGGCCAUGCUGAGCUGGAGCUCUUCCCACUCUACCUCCUCUUCCUGCGGCAGCAGCCCGCCACACGCACCCCCCAGUCCAACAUCUGGGUUAACAUGGGUAUGACCAGCCUGAGAAUGUUCCCCCAGCACCUCCCCAGAGGUAACGUGCCCUCCCACAACGCUCCUCUGAAGCGUGUCCUGACCUAUACAGGCUGUUUCAGCCGCGUGGGAACCAUCAAGGACAUCCACCUGUACCUGUCUCAGAGGCUACGCAUCAAAGACGAGGACAUGAGGCUGUGGCUCUACAACAGCGAGAACGAUCUGACCCGGUUCUUCUCCUUCCCCCAGAACGAUCUGACCCUGCUGGAUGAUGAGGACCACACUCUGGAGGGCCUGAAGAUCCAGGACGAGCAGCACUUAGUUAUCGAGGUUCGGAACAAAGACAUGAGCUGGCCAGAAGAGAUGUCCUUCAUCGCUAACAGCAGUAAAAUGGACCGACACAAAGUUGCUACGGAGAAGGGUGCCACGGGCCUCAGUAACCUAGGCAACACGUGCUUUAUGAACUCUAGUAUCCAGUGUGUUAGCAACACCACGCCCCUCACGGAUUACUUCAUCUCAGGAAGACACCUGUAUGAACUCAACAGAACCAACCCCAUCGGGAUGCGAGGUCACAUGGCUAAAUGCUACGGAGACUUGCUGAUGGAGCUGUGGAGUGGAACACAGAGGAACGUUGCUCCUCUCAAACUCAGGUGGACGAUAGCGAAGUACGCCCCGCGUUUCAACGGCUUCCAGCAGCAGGACAGUCAAGAGCUUCUGGCUUUCCUAUUGGACGGGCUCCAUGAGGACCUGAACAGGGUGCAUGAGAAACCCUACGUAGAGCUGAAGGACAGCAACGGACGACCCGACUGGGAGGUCGCUUCAGAGGCGUGGGAGAACCACUUGCGGAGGAACCGUUCCAUCGUGGUGGAUCUGUUCCACGGCCAGCUCAAGUCCCAGGUCAAGUGUAAGACGUGUGGUCACAUCAGCGCCCGCUUCGACCCCUUCAACUUCCUGUCUUUACCCCUCCCCAUGGACAGCUCCAUGCACCUGGAGAUCACUGUCAUUAUGCUGGAUGGUUCUACCCCUGUACGGUUCGGCCUGAGGCUCAACAUAGAUGACAAGUACAUCGGUCUGAAGAAACAGCUGAGUGAACUGUGUAGUCUGAAACCAGACCAGAUAUUACUGGCUGAGGUCCACACCUCCAACAUCAAGAACUUCCCUCAGGAUAACCAGAAGGUGCGUCUGUCGGUGAACGGCUUCCUGUGUGCGUUUGAGAUCCCUGUCCCAGGCUCCCCCACUUCCCUCUCCUCUCCAACACAGACAGGCAUCAGCCCUGUGCCCAUGGCUAACGGGGUGGCGGUGACAGCUGAAGGGCAUCUUGCCGGUAAGCCUGGCCUGAUCCCCAACGGCGUUCCCAGCGCCGUGGUGCCCUGCAGAGAGGCCGCAGAGAGAGCCCUGGUCGACGGAGGGUUGUGGGUGUCCCCCGUCCAGGACAGCCCCUUCAUCGGGUACAUUAUUGCCAUGCACAGGAAGAUGAUGCGGACGGAGUUGUAUUUCCUGUCCAGUCAGAAGAACCGUACCAGUCUGUUUGGGAUGCCGCUGAUCGUUCCCUGUACGGUUCACACCAGUCAGAAGGACCUGUAUGAUGCUGUCUGGAUACAGGUGACCCGUCUGGCCAGCCCUCUGCCCCCGCAGGAGGCCAGCAACCAUGCACAGGACUGUGAUGACAGUAUGGGUUACCAGUACCCCUUCACACUGAGAGUGGUGGGGAAAGAUGGCAACUCAUGUGCCUGGUGUCCCUGGUACAGGUUCUGUCGAGGCUGUGCGGUGGACUGUACAGAGGACAGGGCCUCGGUAGGAAACGCCUACAUAGCUGUUGACUGGGAUCCUACAGCCCUACACCUCCGCUACCAGACCUCACAGGAGAGGAUAGUGGAGGAGCACUGUAGUGUGCAGCAGAGUCGCAGGGCCCAGGCUGAGCCCAUCAGUCUAGACAGUUGUCUGAAGGCCUUCACCAGUGAGGAGGAGCUGGGAGAAGAUGAGCUCUACUACUGCUCCAAGUGCAAGACCCACCGCCUGGCCACCAAGAAACUGGACCUGUGGAGGCUCCCGCCUAUACUGAUAGUACACCUGAAGAGGUUCCAGUUUGUGAACGGCCGCUGGAUCAAGUCUCAGAAGAUCGUCCAGUUUCCCAGAGAGAGUUUUGACCCGAGUGUUUACCUGGCUCCCCGGGAGGCGGGGCUUAACGGGCUACACAGUGUGCAGAGCCGUAGCGAGGGGGAGGGGCUACUGAGGAUAGGAGGAGGAGAAACCGUGUCCUCUGUCUCCGCCCCUGCUGGGUUCCUCAACAUCCUCAAAGCCUCUCCAGCGUCAGGCAGGAAGUCAGCCCCUCCAUCCUUCAUCAGCCGUACCAGCAGCCCCGGCAGCAGCCCCAAAACAGGAGGAGGCAGUCCAGGGGGCAUGGGCAACAGACAGACCCGCCUCAGGCUCCCUCAGCUGGCCAGCCGACACCGCCUCUCCAACAGCAAGGAUAACCUGGAGGGUAGUACCAGGGAGAGGGGCAGCAGCCCUGACACAGAGCCCAGGGAGGGAGCACCGCAGGCGGACACGGACGGUGGGCUCGUGGGUGUGACGCGUGGAGGUUUUGGGGAGGUCAGGGUGAGGAGCGGGCCAGAGAUGUCCACCACAGAUGUGUCCAGCAGCCUCAGUAAUGUCAUCGUGAUGAAUGGGGUCAGUGGUGGCCAUAGCAACGAGGUACUAAGCACGGAGCCCAGCACGGACCCAGAGACCACUGCAACAGCCCAGCUGCACCGAAGAGACAACAGCCUGGAGAACAUCUACAACUUAUAUGCAAUUUCAUGCCAUUCAGGUAUCAUGGGAGGAGGACAUUAUGUGACCUAUGCCAAAAACCCCAACAACAAAUGGUACUGUUACAACGACAGCAGCUGUAAGGAAGUGCACUCAGAGGAGAUGGACACGGACUCCGCCUACAUCCUGUUCUAUGAGCAGCAGGGAGUGGACUUCUCUCAGUUCCUGCCGAAGACUGACGGCAAGAAGAUGGCCGACACCACUAGCAUGGACGAGGACUUUGAGUCUGACUACAAGAAGUACUGUGUCCUUCAGUGAUCAGGAUCCCACAGUCUUCCACCUACCUUCCGCUCAACCGUCAACACUAUGCCUGGAACUCUGGACUGUCGGACUCAGCCAGCCCCGUACGGAAAGGACACAGGGCUUCUUCAGCCAGUCUCAACUGGGCGCCAGGAAGCACAAAAUGGUGUCUUUUGGUCGAGUCAUCACAAACUGAACCACUUGAAUGCCGGACCGGUUGUCAUGAUACCCCCCCUUCUUGUUUUGUCAAGAGAACAACAUUGAUGCCCCAUUUCUUUUUUAAAGCAUUAAGCUGUUGCACAUUGAGCCUGAGGAAACCCACCCGUGUGUGUGUGUGUGUGUGUGUGUGUGAGAGAGAGAUUGUCAGCACAUGAGCUGAUAUUGCUUCCUUGUUGUGCAUAUUUGUCCCCUGCAGCCAUCAAAACAUGUCCAAAUACCUACAUAAUGUCUGUCUCUAUAACUCGCUAUACAGAAACGGUAAUGUAGAGAUUAUACUGUGUUAUUUUAUCGAUAAAAGGGGUUCUCCAAAUGUUCUUAUUUUCCUUCUUCAGUAAUGAUACUGUCAUUUAAAAAAAAAAAAACUCAUAAUGCUACCUCACUGCAUUUCAUUGGCCAAUUGGAACGGUCAAAUAUUUGUGACAGUAUUAAAACCUCACCCACUUCCUCCUUUUGAUUAUCCCACAAAAUUGAGGGGUUUGACCUUUAAUUUGGCCCUUGCCAGGCAACUGCCUAAAACAAAAAUGUGCAAUUGCUGAUCAACAUCGAAUGGCUUUAGGGGCGUUCAUUGUUGUCAUUUUAACUCACAAGCUUGAGUUUAAAUCUUGGUUAUGUUGUGGACAGGUGCCAUAAAGGAUGUUUCAAAGAUAAUAUAUAAAUACAUAUUUGUAUUGUU